GCCAUACUACAUUCCUCCAUACCAGAACCCUCACCCAAAAUGUCUCUCCCAGACCAAGAGCCGUCGCUGCUCCAUCGUUCUUUGACCCAUCCGCCUCAUAGAGCUGUUUCAGCUUCUGGCCAUUGCCUCUAUCUGGAGGAUGACAGACCCAUACUCGAUGCCUGUGGUGGUGGUGCUGCUGUGUCCAUCAUAGGCCAUGGCAACAAAGAAGUCAUGAGGGCCAUUGUGACACAUAUGAGUCGGGUCAGCAAUGUGCACACUCUUGCAUACACCACCGACUCUGCAGAAGGCCUAGCUAGGUAUGUCCUGGGGCCCCAUGAGGGACCAGAUUCCCAUCUUACCAGCAUGGAUUAUAAAAAGCAUUCUUCGUCGGCAGCGGAACCACUCACCGUGCCUGCACAUAAUCAACCCUACAUCAUCGCUAUUAUCGCUACCGUUAUCUCACCUACCCUCCUGCCACCUCUACACUCUGUUUAGAUCCGUCACCUACAUUUAAGGCGCAACGCCUAUAUGUACUUACUACUAUAAGAUUCAGCUCCUCCAUGCGAUUAGAAAGAUACCAAGGUUGUUGUUGUACUAAAGGCAUGUGGGGAUUCAGUCAUUGUUGCAGAAUUACUUAUGCGCAAAAUCAGGGGGGGGGGGGGCACGAUAUUCUACAACUCACCAAUAACAAUCGGC